AUGUGGUGGCGGCGACGACUGAAGCUACCCAUUCCCCGCAGUCUCUUGGGAACACGAGCAGCUUCAUUGCGACCAAGUCCAUGGUCACGAAAGGGCUCACACCUUCCUCCCCUCCGUCAGAAACCUCAAAAUAAUCCCGGGCGACCAGAUCCUCCCCUUCCGCUACCAAAAGAAGACCAGACAAGAGCGCAAUCUGCAUCCGCGAGCUCCUCGCCAGGAGAACAAAACUCCGUCUCCACGACGCUGCGCAAUACCGAUCCGCAAGACAACUCGCUUCUCGCACCGGUUCAUAUCCCAGAGGACCCAAAUGCAGUUCUUAAGGAGCGACAUCCGGCUGCUGCACUCCUGGCAAACUCUGGCCUUGUUGUCCAGAGACAGUUGGAGAUGAUGAAUGUGCUUCUCGGCUUCGAACAAGCCAAUAGAUAUACAAUCAUGGACGCGCAAGGGAACCACGUCGGUUACAUGGCUGAGCAGGAGAAGGGCAUGGGUGGUAUAAUGGCCCGGCAGUGGUUUAGAACACAUCGAUCGUUUGUCACCCAUGUCUUCGACAAGUAUGAGAACGAAGUCCUACGUUUCCACCGCCCCUUCUCAUGGAUAAACAGUCGAAUCCGAGUUUAUGAUCCUCUAGACGUAGCAUCUGCAUCCCAUUCGUCCUCAAAAGUAAUUCAAACCACACCAGCUACAUCCCUCGUUUCAACUGGCGCAGGGGAUUCAGCACGAAUAUCCUCCUUGGCCCUCGAAGAUAUGCGCGUAGUUGGCGAAACGCACUCCCAGUGGGCUCCAUUACGACGAAAAUACAACCUCUUCCUCUUCCAUCCAAACCCAACUCCAGACACAAAUAUCCAAACAAAACACAUAUCCCUAUCUAGCGCAGAACUUUCUCAAUCCCAGCAACUGCAAGUUGCUGGCACCUUACAGCCCAGCGCAUCUGGCGAAUUCGGUCAAUUUGCCUACGUCGAUGAGCCAUUCUUGUCGUGGGAUUUCUCUCUCAGGUCAGCAGAUUCGCGACUGAUCGGAUCCGUUAACCGCAAUUUCUCCGGUUUUGCGCGGGAAUUAUUCACAGAUACUGGUGUCUAUGCGCUGCGCAUGGACUCUGCAGCGCUAGCGGAGGAGCAAGAAAAGAGACAUAUCGUAUCUCAGUCGCAUCGGGAGUCGCAUCCCCUUCAUGAUGACAAUGAUAGGAGUGGCAUGACCCUGGACCAGCGCGCGGUGAUGCUUGCUACAGCCGUCACUAUCGAUUUUGAUUAUUUCAGUCGCCAUAGCUCGUCUGGUAGCGGUUUGCCGAUUCCAUUUUUUGGGAUGGGUGGCGGAGCAGCUGAAGGCGCUGCUGGUGAUGCAGCUGGAGGUGCCGUAGGGAGUGCUGUGGAAGGGGCAGCUGCUGAAGGUGCAGCAGGGGCUAUAGGGAGAGGCGUUGCUGGGGCUGGAAGCAUUGCUGGAUAUGAAGCAAUGCAAAGGGGUAUGAGUGGUGAUUCUCAACAACAACCAUAUGACAGCCAACAGGCAAUGGAAUCCCCGCCGCCCGAACAAGGGGCUUUGCAGGAUGAGGAAGUCUGGGGGGAGAGUGGGCAGGAUAUCUGGAAUAGAGAUAAUAGGAGUUCUGGAACUGGCGGAGGUGGGGGUAAUGAAGGAGGCGGUGAUGACGACGACGAUGAUGGUGAUGACUGGGGUGAGUUUUUCUAA